AGGGUCGGGCCUCGUCGUCAUUGGGCCGCGAUGAUUAGCUUGCCUGGCCAAAGGGCGACUACUGGGCCCGCGGAAAGGGGAGGAGCCUGGGGAGCCAGCCCGAAAGGCACCGCCCCCGGGACCGGCCUGGGAGGUCGCGGCACACUCAGCCGCGUCCUCUUGCCGCAGCACCAGGCCCCCCAGGGUUGGGCGCCGAGUUUCGCCGGCCGGUGUCUGGCGAAGCGCCCGCGCCCAAGGGCCAGGCCGUGGGAAGGCGGCCCAAGGCGACGGCGCUCGAGCCCCUUCCGGUCCGGCCAGCCCGGCGCUUCCGGCCGGAAGGGGGCCCGGUCAUGGGAGGGGCUGAAGGGAAGUCCCGCCUCUGCUGCACCGCCUCUGCUGCGGACGCCGCCACGCACUUGGCCUAGUCCAGAAGGGGCGGGUCUCCGUGCGCAGAGACCCCCAGUGUCGACCGUGCGAGGUGCCUGGGCUGGAGGCACGAGAUCCGAUUCCGGAGCUGCCAUGAUUGAAGUGGUAGCAGAGCUGAGCCGAGGUCCUGUGUUUCUGGCGGGGGAAGCGCUGGAGUGUAUGGUGACAGUCACCAACCCUUUGCCCCCCACAGCCACUUCUGCAUCCAGUGAGGCUCUGGCCUGGGCCAGUGCCCAAAUCCACUGCCAAUUCCAUGCCAGUGAGAGUCGAGUAGCACUGCCUCCCCCUGACUCCAGUCAGCCAGAUGUUCAGCCUGAGAGCCAGACUGUCUUUCUACCACACCGAGGUGAGAGGGGUCAGUGUAUCCUUUCCACUCCACCAAAAAUCCUAUUCUGUGACCUGAGGCUAGACCCUGGAGAAUCCAAAUCAUACUCCUACAGCGAAGUGCUGCCCAUAGAGGGACCACCCUCCUUUCGGGGUCAGUCAGUCAAGUAUGUCUACAAACUGACCAUUGGCUGCCAGCGUGUCAACUCACCCAUCACUUUACUCAGGGUCCCUCUGAGGGUUCUUGUGUUGACUGGCCUUCAGGAUGUUCGGUUUCCCCAGGAUGAGGCUGUAGCCCCAUCCAGUCCAUUCUUGGAGGAGGAUGAAGGUGGGAAGAAGGAUUCAUGGCUAACUGAGCUGGCUGGGGAGCGCCUCAUGGCUGCCACAUCCUGCCGAAGCCUUCAUCUAUACAAUAUCAGUGAUGGUCGAGGAAAAGUUGGGACAUUUGGCAUCUUCAAAUCUGUAUACAGACUCGGCGAGGACGUGGUGGGGACCUUAAACUUAGGGGAAGGAACUGUAGCUUGUUUGCAGUUUUCAGUAAGCUUACAGACCGAGGAGUGUGUACAGCCUGAGUACCAGCGGCGCCGAGGGGCAGGGGGUGCCCCUUCUGUGUCCCAUGUGACUCAUGCCCGGCACCAGGAGUCCUGCCUACAUACAACGAGAACCAGCUUCUCCCUCCCCAUCCCUCUCAGCUCCACCCCAGGCUUCUGCACAGCCAUCGUGUCCCUGAAGUGGAGAUUGCAUUUUGAAUUUGUAACAUCCCGAGAACCAGGUUUGGUGCUCCUGCCACCUGUGCAACAGCCCGAGACUGUCACCUGGACAGGGCCUGAACAAGUGCCCGUAGACACCUUCAGCUGGGACCUCCCCAUCAAGGUGCUGCCUACAAGCCCGACCCUGGCCUCAUACGCGGCCCCAGGCCCUAGCACCAGCACUAUAACCAUCUGACACUGGCCUACAUGGCACUCCUUUCGUCAGGAUACUGAGAACUCAGCACCUGGACUACAGUAGGGCCCAUUUUUCCCACCUGGGGUCCAAUGGCACGGACAAUGAGAGGCUUUCAGCUGGAGCAUUAAUUUAUUUAUUCAGAAUAAAUUGGCAGCUGCUAGUGGUUUCCCUGGAAGUGGCAGCAGCAGUGGGCAGUCA